AUGGGCUUUGAUCGCUUAAAUAAGCAGAAAUUGUUCCCAGCGGCAGGAGGUCCGAGAAUCAGAAGCCACAGAAUUAAGGCUCGCACAGGUGAAUUGGAAACCUCGCUCGCCGUGUGCGGUCGCUUCGGGAAAGGAGAGGAACAUGGGGAACAGGAGGAGGCCAUUCAGCCCCUCCAACCUGGUCCUCCGUUCAGUUGUCGACACCAUCUUCAUUUCUUAUCCAUUUACCUUCUCCCAUUUCUCUUUGAGCCAAUUCUGAGCCUGGUACCUCUGAGGCGGAAGGUGCUGGUUUCGAGCCCCUUUCCAGAUAUUAUGUGGAGACUGGAACUCUGGAUUGACAUUCAGGAGCAGUACCAGGUCAAUUCAGAACAGCUCAUGAUGCAUCCGACCAGUGCAGGCAAUGGAACCGAGAUUGUGGAAGGGCGAAAGUGGAACAUUUCCAGUGAGUGGCAGUCGAUGACCAUUGGGCAGUCCAAAAACAAAGUCUACCCAUCCAUGGUUGAGAGUACCAAGCUGCUGAGCGUUCAGAUCACACUCAUUAUAGCUUAUGCAUUGAUCAUCCUCCUGGGGUUGGUAGGAAAUUCCCUGGUGAUUUACAUGAUUGUGAAGUACAAAACCAUGCGCACUGUCACCAAUUUCUUCAUUGCCAACCUAGCCUUGGCUGAUCUCAUGGUGGACACACUCUGCUUGCCAUUCACCCUGGUUUAUACUCUCUUGGAUGAAUGGAAACUCGGAGCUGUCCUUUGCCACCUGGUCCCUUACGCCCAAGCAUUAAGUGUCCACGUUUCUACUCUAACUCUAACAGUGAUCGCUCUGGACCGCCAUCGAUGCAUCGUCUUCCAUUUAGACAGCCGGAUUUCCAAGAAGUUCAGUUUCAUCACCAUUUCCAUGACCUGGCUGGUGUCGGCUGUCCUUGCUGGGCCGUUGGCCAUCUUCAGAGAAUACAAGAUCAUCGACUUGCAACCCAUCAACUUGCAGAUUGUCGUGUGCUCGGAGAAAUGGCCCAGUGGUAACACUCGCGAUGGAACCAUCUACAGCAUCUCAAUGUUCAUCCUACAGUACGUGCUGCCUUUGGGAAUCAUCAGUUAUGCCUACAUUAGAAUAUGGAUCAAGCUAAAGAACCACGUUAGCCCUUGUGCACGGAGUGACAGCCAUUACAGGCGGAGGAAAACCACCAAGAUGCUUGUGAUGGUGGUAGUGGUGUUUGCAGUGUGUUGGCUGCCCCUGCACACCUUCCAGCUGGUCAGCGACUUGGACAAGCGCCUCUUUAAGUUCACGGAAUACAAGCUGCUUUACACCAUCUUUCACGUGUUGGCCAUGUGCUCGACCUUUGCUAAUCCCCUACUGUAUGGCUGGAUGAACAAGAACUAUCGCAACGGGUUCAUCCUCUUUUUCCGUUGCAACCAUCACGUGGAGAAUCUCAACAUGGAGACUUCAGUCAAGGCGAGGCUGCAUCCUUUUAGGGUAGAAGCUCACAAUGGCAACCUUUGCAAUUGUAGGGAUGCGAACAGGCAUGCACCCACAGAUGUUUAG